GGGGGGGCUUGUGUGUCUGUGCUCGUAAGAGGUUGCAUCAUAGGAAGCGAACUCCCCAUCCUGCCGCUGUAUGUGACCCCUUUGGCCUCGGAUCAAAUGCUUCCUUCUCUGGGCUGAAUACCAUGAAGCCUCUGUCCUCUUUCAGGCUGCCUGUUCUGGCCCGGCGUGCAGCGGAGAGGAAGGGAGGGGGGAGACUUUAGGAGACAGAGGUGCUGAAGAUAAAACAAAAAAACAAAUGAGGUGAUGAGAAUGUUAAAAACGACUAGGUUUGGAUUUAGGAAGCAAAGUGGCACCUGAGAAGGGUGCAUCCGAAAUUACGAAACCGGAGCCGGUUACUCUCAGACGGGCGCUGCCCCCCCCCCUCCUCAACUGCUGAGCAGUUGAAUCAGGGAGAAGUCGCUCCUAUUUUUAGCGCCAUGCUCCACGAAGGGACGGAAAAGCAAACAGUCGGCGGCUGCAUGCGCAAACCCCAGAGCCAGAGAGGAGGAGAGGAGAGCCAGAGAGGGAGGAAGGCGGAGUGACUCCUGCGUGGAGUCCUGCAAGUCCAGAUCCCUGCCUCAUUGCUGCCCGGGAGGCGGGCGCUGAGCUCAGCGGCGUCUCCUUCCAACGCAUCCGGCUGUCUCCUCAGUUCCUCGAUGAGGCUCGCUGGAGGGUUUCCUCGCCGUGAAACGCUGCCGUUUCGUUUACAGGGUCGCUGGGAGUUUUCCUUCCCGCCCCUGGGGUUCAGAGCCUCGUGCGUGGGUCCAGAAUGUGCUCCUCUGUCCUUCCCCACAGACUCGUCCCACAAAAACCCGACUGUUUAAAGGACGAAGCCUUUACCGCCGCUGCUUUUACACCUGUAGCCAUUCAGAGGAUAGAAAGCAGCAUGCGGCGAUUUGACAAGCUGAAAAAGAGCUUUCCCCUCCUGGCCCACUUCCAUGUGUACCGAAGAUUGGGCGGCAGCAUGCAGAGUGAGGAGGGCACAGAAUGGCUGCUGGAGCUGUUGAUGGAGGUGCAGCUGCAGCAGUACUUCCUGAGGAUUCAAGACGACCUGAACGUGACACGGUUGUCCCACUUUGAUUACGUCAAGAAUGAAGACCUGGAGAAGAUCGGCAUGGGUCGCCCUGGGCAGAGACGACUGUGGGAGGCUGUGAAAAGGAGGAAAGCCAUGUGCAAGCGCAAGUCCUGGAUGAGCAAGGUGUUUAGUGGGAAGCGACCAGAUGGAGGAGAGUUUCCGCAGCAGAGCCAACCGGCCUCUUCAUUUCGAAAACUGUCUCCUACCCCUCCACUUUGUCUCGGGGAGGGGGUCCUGUCCACACAGUCCGGCGGGGGCACAACACUGGAUGUGCAGCAGAAGGCCCUCACUUGCCUCAUCUCAGAGAAAGACUUGACACUGUUUGAGAAACUUGGGGAUGGCUCCUUUGGAGUUGUGAAGAGAGGGGAGUGGAUGACGCCUUCAGGCAAGUUGAAUGUUGCUGUAAAGUGUCUGAAGACGGACGUGCUCAGCCAGCCCGACGCUCUGGAGGAUUUCAUCUGUGAGGUCAACGCCAUGCACUCUCUGGACCACCAGAACCUCAUUCGCCUCUACGGUGUGGUCCUCACACACCCGAUGAAGAUGGUGACAGAGCUGGCUCCUCUGGGUUCCCUGCUGGGGCGUUUGCGGUGUCUACAAGGCCCAAUUUUGAUCUCCACUCUGUGCCAGUAUGCCGUCCAGGUGGCUUGUGGGAUGGCUUAUCUGGAGCAGAGGAGGUUUAUCCACAGAGACCUGGCAGCAAGGAACAUCCUGCUGGCCUCGGCUCAAAGGGUGAAGAUCGGUGACUUUGGCCUGAUGAGGGCGCUGCCUAACAACCACGAGCACUAUGUCAUGCAGGAGCAUCGCAAGGUUCCUUUUGCCUGGUGCGCUCCAGAAAGCCUGAAGACGAGAACGUUCUCUCAUGCUACAGACACGUGGAUGUUUGGAGUCACUCUAUGGGAGAUGUUCACGUACGGCCAGGAGCCGUGGCUGGGCCUCAACGGGAGCCAGAUUUUGCACAAGAUCGAUAAAGAAGGUGAACGGCUCCCUAAACCUGAGGACUGCCCACAAGACAUCUAUAAUGUCAUGCUGCAGUGCUGGGCUCAGAAACCAGAUGACAGGCCAACUUUUGUCUCCCUCCGUGAGUUUCUGCUUGAGACUUUGCCCACAGACAUGUGCGCUCUGCAGGACUUUGAUGAACCCGACAAACUCCAAAUCAAAGUCAAUGAAGUCAUCACUGUCAUAGAGGGCAGGGCAGAGAAUUACUGGUGGCGAGGUCAGAACAAAUGCACCCUUCAGGUCGGACAGUUCCCCAGAAAUGUGGUGACGUCAGUCGCUGGACUGUCGGCCCGUGACAUCAGCAGGCCCCUGAAGAACAGCUUCAUCCACACGGGUCACGGAGACACCAACCCUCAUCGCUGCUGGGGCCACCGGGACAAGAUUGAUGAUUUGUAUCUCGGGAACCCCAUGGAUCCUCCUGAUGUUCUCGGGUUAGAACUGAAUGCUGCUCGGCCCACACAGCUACCAGGACGGGCCAAAAAACCCUACUACGAUCUAGUGACCGAGGAGGAGGACCUGGCCUCUGCUGCUCUGAAAAGACUGUCGCUUCGGAAAACCGGGUCCCUCAAAGGCCUCAGACUCAUACCCACCGUGUGGAUCUCCGCUUCCAAACAGGGGGACUGCAGGACUUCCAGCUCGGGUCAAAAUCCCAACAGCGAAGUGUCCCUCAUUGACUUUGGGGAGGAGCUGUCCCCGCCCACACCCUCCCCUUCCCCUGUGGUUGAAGCUCCGAUUCCUGCCUUGGCUAAACUAGCUUUGGAAGCAGAAAACAUCCUGGACAAAACUCCACCAGAAAGUCCGUCGACAUCUCUGCCUCGACCCCUGCACCCUACGCCUGUGGUGGACUGGGACGCCAAGCCAUUACCCCCACCUCCUGCGUACGAUGAAGUAGCACAAGAUGAAGAUGAUAUGGAGGUCAGCUCCAUCAAUGGUUCAGACCAACAUCUUGAGGAAGAGUCCAUUUGUGUCCAUAAUCCAAAUGAAGCUCCUUUUUCUAGGCUAAGGCUGCAAGGGGAAGGCAUCUUCUCAAAAGAAGUAGACAUGGAAUCUGUGGAGGACAACCUCUUUCUUCCCAGCCAGGGGAGUCGGGGUACGUCCACCUCUUUCUCUCAGUCUGCUGAGAUCUUUCUGGAACUCCAGCGGGAGUGCAUGCGGAGGCUCAAUGCCCCCAAAGGAACUCUGUGUCAUUUACCAGCAUCUCCAAACUCGCAGACCCAAGACGGACCGCUGUUUUCUUCUUCCGGCGAGGAUAAACCUCAGAUCCCGCCUCGUGUUCCCAUCCCCCCUCGCCCCAUAUGGAGGGCCGACCAAACAUGCGCUCGCUGGUCACGGGAGCUCUCUGUUUCUCCAACUGACAACUCAGAAGGGGUUGCAGGCUCAGAUCCGGGCCGCCCGCCUCAAAUCCCUCCCAGAGACCCCCUGUCACAGCCAGCAUCCAGGACGCCAAGCCCGAUGGGUCUAGUGGUGGGCUCCCCCCAGCAGAGGCUGCACUCGGCCAGCCCCCCUACCCAGCAGGCUUUGCUCUCCUCCUGCGCCGCUGCACAUGCAUACAGCUCCUACCUCUCUACCUCUCCAGGUAAACUCAUGCCAACCACACACAGCUUCGCCUCAGACCCCAAAUAUGCCGCCCCCAAAGUGAUCCAAGUGCAAGGCAAGGACAAAGGCCCCUGUAUUCUGCCCAUCGUCCGCGACGGCAGGAAAGUCAGCAGCACUCAUUACUACCUCCUGCCAGAGAGGCCGCCUUACCUUGAUCGCUUCGGCCACUUCCUCCGGGAGGCGGAGCACCUCCCCACCAGCGCGACGGACGACAGGCACGUCCGGCACGCCAACACCGCCACGGUCAGACCCAUGGUGGUCAGCGCUCAGACAGUCCAGGGACACACCCAAGGGCAGAGUCUGCUCCAAGCGGAGGAUCUGAAGGCCAACUUCUCCUCCAAUAACAACAGCAGCCUGGGCGGGCCGCAGUCAGAGGUGAAGACAUCCGUUAGCCUCCCACGCGUGUGCUCAGACGGGGUGACAACCGCCGUCAUUCCCGCUUCCUGUCUGCGGGCGGACAGUGGAGGAAAUGGCCCUGACAAAGUCAAAGUGGUUCAGGAGGCCGUGCACGGCGUGACGCUGGAGGAGUGUCAAGCUGCUCUGCAGAACCAAAACUGGAGCGUCCAGAAAGCUGUCCAUUUCCUGAAGGUGGAGCAGCUCUUCUGUUUGGGUCUGAAGAGCAGGUCCGAUUGUCUAAAGCUGCUGGAGACGUGUGAUUGGAACCUGGAGGUGGCCAGUACUCGAAUGCUAGAAAACUAUGGAUCCACAACAUGGCAAGGGCGGUGACAAAAGCUGCUGAGCCCCAACUGGAACUUCAUCCUCAGUGAAACAUCAUCAGACGGCAAAUCUCCCCAUUCUUCUGUUUGCCGCUUCACUCCCACCUCCAAUCAAGCAGACUUUCAUUUCAGAAUAGAGAGCAUAACACAAUUUGGUAACCCCUCCACUCCACCCCGUCCGUCAUGGUCCCACUUCCAUUACCAUGUGGGCGGAAAAGUCUCUGUGAAGGUUGUUCUGUUGUUUUGGUCAAAGAGUGCGUUUCCAUCAAACACCAGACAGGGAAAAAGAAAUGGGAACGCACUGAUGUGAGGGACUGACAGUCUCCGUCACUGCCACACUGGGGUAUGCAUCAAGCUUUUGUUUUCAAGUCGAUCAUAAGGAAGCAAAAACGAAAUGACAAGCAGAAGUAUAUUUUGAAAAACAUCGUCUCCUUGCCUGGAAAGCAUCAGAUUAAACUAAAAAGAGAGUAUUUAGUUCAUGUAGAGCAGGGGUGUCAAACAUACGGCCCGCGGGCCUUAUCCGGCCCGCCAGGUGGUUUACUCCGGCCCACACAUGAAGAGUAAAAUUCAUAAGGA